AUGUGGAGUUCAAAUUUUUCACUUCAAGUUCUUGUAUUUGCAUCAAUUAAUCGUUUUUGUAUGUGUUUAAAAAAGAAAAAUCAAAAACAAUAUUUAAGUAAUUUCUUUUGUUCUCUUUCAUCAGCAUAUAUUAUCUGUAUAGUAAUAUGUAUUAUUUGGGCUUUAAUUUCUCUUCAUUAUUUAAUGGAUUUUGCUAUUUCGAAUAAUUAUUGUGCACCAAAAAAUAUUUUUAUAUGGGGAAUAAAAUUUUCAAGUAUAUAUCUUUGUCAAUCAAUUUUACUGAUUAUUUUUGGUAUUUUAACAAUUAUUUAUAGACAAAAACGUACUAUAUUUAUUCGUCGUAAUGAACCAUAUGAACGUCAUCCUGUUGAAACACAACUUACAUCAAUGAUUAUAACUGAAAUAAUUCUUGUUAUACUAUCAUCUUUACCUUAUACAAUCUAUAUAAUUUAUCGAUUAAUAACAAUAGAAAGAAAUCGUAAUUCAAUUGAUAUAAUGUAUGAAAAUAUUAUUGAACGAUUAAUACGAUUAACAAUAUUUUUUGAAGCAAGUUGUGGAUUUUAUAUUUAUUUAUUUACAUUAACAUCAUUAAAAAAACGAUUUCUUCAUAUUUUACGACGAAAAUUAAGGCAUUAG